AUGAUAAGCCAUGCAUAAUGACUGGGCUGGGGGCUGCCCCUAUGUAUAUAUAAGCGCGGAGAGCAGACAGGGCAGAUCAUACCUGACGCAGGAGCACCCACAGCUCCCAUACACUGAUGAUGACCAUGGCGCCCGCUGCCCCCCUCAUCCUGCUGCUCUCGGGCGUCCUCGCUGGCGUAAACGGGGCCUUUGAUUUUGGAUUAUCCACAAAAUGUGUCUCCAUACCCAAAGAACUGGGCAUGUGCCAUAACGUCGGCUACACAGAGAUGCGACUCCCCAACCUGAUGGGGCAGACCAGCCUGGCCGACGCCGUCUCCAAGUCAGCAGAGUGGCAUAAGAUGCUCCAGACCGGCUGCCACCCCUAUGCCCGCACCUUCCUCUGCUCCUUGUUUGCUCCCGUCUGCAUGGACACAUUCAUCCAACCUUGUCGUAGCAUGUGUGAGGCUGUGAGAGACAGCUGUGCUCCUGUGCUGGCUUGUCAUGAUCAAUCCUGGCCUGAGAUCCUAGACUGUGACCGCUUCCCAGCUGGAGACGAUAUGUGCCUGGACACCCUGAGCAAAGAGUACCAGUACACAUACAAAGAAAUGCCAAAGCCAUCAUGCCAGGGAUGUCCGCUGAUUGAAAUGUCUUACUCAUACAAGAGUGUCCUGAAUGCUUUCUGUGACAAUGACUUUGCUGUGAAAGUAACAUUAUCAAAGACAAGGUUUACUACAGGAUUUCCAGAAUAUGUGACAGAGGGCCCAGUAGAAUUCAUUCAGCGAGGCUUGCUGCUUCCAUAUGACACACAUAACAUGCUUGAACAGUGGCUGCGGAUCAAUGAAAACUGCGCCCACAGGAUGGUUCGUCACCCAAGGCCCAUGGUCUACAUCAUUGUUGGUGAUAUACAGCAUGGAAGAGUUGUUAUCAACAGGGUAUUCCAAUGGCAAAAGAGAGACAGUCAGCUGACCCUGGCCAUAAGAAAGUGGAGGCACCAUAAAUGUUAAUACAAUAAUUGUACUAUGAUUUAUAAUAUCCAUGGCACUCUAUCAGAAACAAAUGUAAAUAGCUAUAUAUAUAGAGAUACUUAUAUAUUUUAUAAAGACUUAUAUAGACACGAAAGCACCCUGUAAUGCUGCAAGUGAAAAUGCGACAUUGUAAAAUUAUAUAAAAUGUGUACAGAAUGUGAAAAUAUAUUAUGAUAUAAAAUGAAUGCUUC